AUGUAUGCUUCCCGUACAGCUAAUCCAGAUUCAAUUCGGAUCACUGAUUUUGGAUUUGCGAAGCAGUUACGAGUCGAAAAUGGCUUCUUGACGACACCUUGUUGUACAGCACAGUUUAUUGCCUCAGAUGUCCUGGAAAAACAAGGCUACCAUAUGAGCUAUGAUGUAUGGUCACUUGGAGUGCUACUUUACACUAUGCUCAGCGGGUAUUUCCUAUAA